AUGGCGCUCCGGCCGCUGCUUCGCCUCCUCUUCCCAUCGCCUCCCUACCGGAACCCUCCGCCUCCAACCUCUUCCCCAUCCGUCGCACCCACCAGUCGCCGCGCCGCCGCUGCAGCCGUCCUCCUGCUCGCCGCGGCCGCCUCCGCCCCGCCCCCGCGCCCCGCCCGAGCCGAGCCCGACGGCGAGGACGUCGACGAGGCCCGCGUCGUCCGCUUGUUCCAGGAGGCGUCGCCGUCGGUUGUGUUCAUCAAGGACCUUGUCGUCGCGGGGCCGCAGGGGCGGGGAGGCGGCGGGGUGGAGGAGUACGACGAGGAGGAGGAGGGCGGCGCCGCCAAGGUGGAGGGGACAGGCUCGGGAUUCGUGUGGGACUCCGCUGGCCACAUUGUCACAAAUUACCACGUGGUUGCAAAAUUAGCUGGAGACGGAUCUGCAUCUCAUCGCUGCAAGGUGUUUUUGGAGGAUUCUGGUGGCAAAAGUUACUCAAAGGAAGGGAGGCUAAUAGGGUGUGAUCCAGCAUAUGAUCUUGCGGUUCUGAAGAUAGAUGCUGACAGUGACCAGCUGAGGCCUGCUCUGAUUGGCACAUCACGGAGUUUGCGAGUUGGGCAAAGCUGCUUUGCCAUUGGGAACCCUUAUGGAUAUGAACAUACUCUAACUACUGGGGUUAUUAGUGGAUUGGGGAGGGAGAUACCAUCUCCCAAUGGGAGAGCGAUCCGUGGGGCUAUACAGACAGAUGCUGCUAUAAAUGCUGGUAACUCAGGAGGUCCACUUAUUGACUCUUAUGGCCAUGUAAUUGGUGUUAAUACAGCUACAUUCACUCGUAAAGGAUCUGGGAUCUCAUCCGGGGUGAACUUUGCCAUCCCCAUCGACACUGUGGUACAGUCGGUCCCCAACCUAAUAGUAUACGGGACCUCUGUGAGCAACAGGUUUUAA